AUUGUAGCCUAUAUCUUUCUGAUAUUGGUAGCUUGCUACUAGCCUACACUUUCAACUAGACUUUCAAUUGUAGCCUAUAUGCCAGGGUCUACAGCUGUGCUUCAGAUUGACCCGCGGCUGGGUGUGGAGUUUGAAAAAUGUAUGCAGUCUACUGUAGCGCACUUAAAUCAUUUAAAAUAAUUAUAUACAGAUAUUACCACUUUCUAACGCCCGUGAAUCAGGUCAGGUGGUUCAUGGAGUGACGUCAUAUUUUUGAUAAAUUGAGAAAAAGCAUUAAGGGAAAUUGGUCAUAUUCAUUCAUGUUCAUCUUCCUUCCGUCACUCGUGUUUACGGGUACUUAACUUGGUGUGACACAAAAGCGCCUUCAAACUCACAUUGUGCAGCCUGGAAGGUGAGAGAAUCGUUCCGAGAUUUCUUGUGCUGAGCGCCUCAGCACAGACAGCUUCAGUGGACCUGCAACAAAAAGCGAUACAGCAAGCCGCGCCAGUGAUAGCCUACACUUCAAAUCAACGCAUCAUUAUUCAGUGGACGAUGGAAAGCGGUGGCAACACAUCGGACAUACCGUACCAUUUCUUACAUUUGGCCAUGAUGAACAAUAGUGUUUUUUGUCGGAACUUCAGUGAUAACGUGAGUAUAGAGGCCAAAUGUGAGAGAACAGACAACCUAGCCAAAGACUCGACACCAGUGAUCAUCGCGAUUAUAAUCACGACACUUUACUCUAUCGUGUGUGUGCUUGGUCUGGUGGGGAACGUGCUCGUCAUGUAUGUCAUUAUCAGAUACACUAAAAUGAAAACCGCCACAAAUAUCUACAUCUUCAACCUGGCCUUGGCUGAUGCACUAGCCACCAGUACACUGCCCUUCCAGAGUGUCAACUUCCUGAUGGGGACUUGGCCGUUUGGAGACGUUCUGUGCAAGAUAGUGAUAUCAAUCGACUACUACAACAUGUUCACCAGUAUCUUCACAUUGACCACCAUGAGUAUUGAUCGUUACAUUGCAGUGUGCCACCCCGUCAAGGCCUUAGACUUCCGCACGCCCCGUAACGCGAAGAUUGUCAACGUGUGCAACUGGAUCCUGUCCUCUGCCAUUGGUCUGCCUGUCAUGUUCACCGCCUUAACUACUGUAACUGAUAAUGGCAAGUAUGACAGAAUCAUCGACUGCACUUUGAUCUUCCCACACCCAUCCUGGUACUGGGAGAAUCUCCUGAAAAUCUGCGUCUUCAUCUUUGCCUUCAUCAUCCCCGUCCUCAUCAUCACCGUGUGCUAUGGGCUAAUGAUCUUGCGCCUGAAGAGCGUGCGCAUGUUGUCUGGCUCCAAGGAGAAGGACCGCAACCUGCGCCGCAUCACCCGCAUGGUCCUGGUGGUGGUGGCCGUCUUCAUCAUCUGCUGGACGCCCAUCCACAUCUACGUCAUCAUCAAAGCCCUGAUCAACAUCCCCAACUCCCUGCUGCAGUCCGUCACCUGGCACUUCUGCAUCGCUCUGGGCUACACCAACAGCUGCCUGAAUCCCGUCCUCUACGCCUUCCUGGACGAGAACUUCAAGCGCUGCUUCCGCGAAUUUUGCAUCCCCUUGAGUCCCUCUGUGCUGGAGCUGCAGAAUUCUUCUCGUACCCGCCCCCACCAGCAGCACCAGCGCGAUCAGCACUCCAGCGCCAACAGGGUGGAGAGGUCCAAUCAACAGGUAUGACUAGGUAUGGAGAUGUUGUCUUUGGACUCACGCUACCAGCCAAACGAUGACAUGAGCUCGGAAGUCACCCAGGUAACCACAGUGCUCUGACACAAAGCUCUGACACAUGAUGCGCCAAGAUACAGAAGUGCAACGUAGCACAAGCAUCGAUCGUACUGUCGCCUCUUUCUGGAGAGGCUAACGAGUAUUUGAAUGCAGAAUGACACUCCGCAUAAGGCUUUCUGUCAGGUAGCAUUAUUAAAAUGUUGAACUUUAGGCAGAACACUGAAAUGAACAAACAUCAACUAUUAUGUACACAGUAUCUUUGUAGACAGGUAUAUUGAACAUACUGUAAUAGGAUAAUGUUCUGUGGUCAACAACAUUCACAAUUAGAAACUCUUGAUUGAGAGCACGUAUUUCAAGACACUAAUUCAAGAAGAUUGUUAUUUAAGGGUCAAGCGGCGAUUAAAAACAAAAACAAAGUGGCCACCCCACCACUUGUUUUGGUAAACAGCUGAGAGAUGGGGCUUGAGGAAUGUAACCACUGUCAAAUUGAUAGACAGAGCUAUGGAUGCAAGAGCUGACCAUCCAUCAGAUCAAAAUGAUCAGUUUGUUUGUUUACAAUUACAUUAUUGUUUGCUUCCAGGGUCAAUGGCUUUAUAUUAUUAAUGUUAAAAUCAGAAAAUGGAUGUAGCCUACCAAUCUGCUUUACAUCUACUCUAUGUAUAGCAGCUUUUAUAUACUGUAUGUUCUGUACAAAAUAAUGUAUUAUAUGUGUAUAUGAUGUGCAAGUGGUUUGGGAACUAUCAAAUGAAUGAAUUAUAUUGUAUUUCCGUGUCAAAUCGCCAGUUGGCAACCCAUCCCUUACUGGAUUUACUGACGCAUAAACAAACAUUACAAUUAUUCAAAGUGAUUAUUCAGUGAUUAUCCAGUGCAGUGUGCACCGCAUAAAGAAUGAUAAAUGAAUAAUAGUAAAUAAGGUUAUUCAAGCAGUAAUAAUAACAACCCUAGAGCUGUAAAAAUUAAUACAAAUUAAUUACAAAAGAAAUACAGCAAUAUGAAACGGAUGGCAUUUAAACCCGGUCUGGCACAAAGAAGAUUUAAAUAAAAUCAAAUUUUAUUUGUCACAUGCACCAAAUACAACAGGUGUAGUAGACCUUACUGUGAAAUGCUUACUUACAAGCCCUUCAAUUGUGAGUGAUAUACACAAUCUAUAUACAUAUGUGCACUUUGAAUUGAAUUCUGUCACCCUUUUUCUUUUAUUCCAGGCUUUAUAAAAAAAAUCUGCAAACAGAAAUAUACAAUGGACAAAAAACUAUUUCAGAUUCUCUUCAUCGCUCAGCCACAUAAUGCCAGGGUAGAUCUGGUGGAAUUAUCGUGGUAUAUCAUGGUAGAAAGGGCAAUUGAGGAUAAAAUGAAUUGAGUUCUCUCUUUGAGGUCACAAUAGUUACAUAGUCUUUCCUCUUCCAUUUCACCACAAACCGACCUGUUUCAAUACACAGAGACAAUAUCCCUUAUAUUACCUGUUUCAAUACUUGGAGGCAAUUUCACUGAUCUUACCUGUUUCAAUACGCAGAGGCAAUUUCACUGAUCUUACCUGUUUCAAUACACAGAGGCAAUUUCACUGAUCUUACCUGUUUCAAUACGCAGAGGCAAUUUCACUGAUCUUACCUGUUUCAAUACGCAGAGGCAAUUUCACUGAUCUUACCUGUUUCAAUACGCAGAGGCAAUUUCACUGAUCUUACCUGUUUCAAUACACAGAGGCAAUUUCCCUGAUCUUACCUGUUUCAAUACGCAGAGGCAAUUUCCCUGAUCCAAUACGCAGAGGCAAUUUCACUGAUCUUACCUGUUUCAAUACACAGAGGCAAUUUCACUGAUCUUACCUGUUUCAAUACGCAGAGGCAAUUUCACUGAUCUUACCUGUUUCAAUACGCAGAGGCAAUUUCACUGAUCUUACCUGUUUCAAUACGCAGAGGCAAUUUCACUGAUCUUACCUGUUUCAAUACACAGAGGCAAUUUCCCUGAUCUUACCUGUUUCAAUACGCAGAGGCAAUUUCCCUGAUCCAAUACGCAGAGGCAAUUUCACUGAUCUUACCUGUUUCAAUACACAGUGGCAAUUUCACUGAUCUUACCUGUUUCAAUACGCAGUGGCAAUUUCCCUGAUCUUACCUGUUUCAAUACGCAGUGGCAAUUUUCCUGAUCUUACCUGUUUCAAUACGCAGUGGCAAUUUCCCUGAUCUUACCUGUUUCAAUACGCAGUGGCAAUUUCCCUGAUCUUACCUGUUUCAAUACGCAGAGGCAAUUUCCCUGAUCUUUCAAUACGCAGAGGCAAUUUCCCUGAUCUUUCAAUACGCAGAGGCAAUUUCCCUGUCCUUACCUGUUUCAAUACGCAGAGGCAAUUUCCCUGAUCUUUCAAUACGCAGAGGCAAUUUCCCUGAUCUUUCUUUUUUAUUUUUAUUUUUUUAAAUACAUUUUACCCCCUUUUGUCCCCAAUUUUCGUGGUAUCCAAUCGCUAGUAAUUACUAUCUUGUCUCAUCGCUACAACUCCCGUACAGGCUCGGGAGAGACGAAGGUCGAAAGCCAUGCGUCCUCCGAAGCACAACCCAACCAAGCCGCACUGCUUCUUAACACAGCGCGCCUCCAACCCGGAAGCCAGCCGCACCAAUGUGUCGGAGGAAACACCGUGUACCUGGCCCCCUUGGCUAGCGCGCACUGCGCCCGGCCCGCCACAGGAGUCGCUGGAGCGCGAUGAGACAAGGAUAUCCCUACCGGUCAAACCCUCCCUAACCCGGACGACGCUAAGCCAAUUGUGCAUCGCCCCACGGACCUCCCGGUCGCGGCCGGCUGCGACAGAGCCUGGGCACGACCCCAGAGACUCUGGUGGCGCAGCUAGCACUGCGAUGCAGUGCCCUAGACCACUGCGCCACCCGGGAGGCCUUUUCCCUGAUCUUUCAAUACGCAGAGGCAAUUUCCCUGAUCUUUCAAUACGCAGAGGCAAUUUCCCUGAUCUUUCAAUACGCAGAGGCAAUUUCCCUGAUCUUUCAAUACGCAGAGGCAAUUUCCCUGAUUUUUCAAAACACAGAGGCAAUUUCCCUGAUCUUUCAAUACGCAGAGGCAAUUUCCCUGAUCUUUCAAUACGCAGAGGCAAUUUCCCUGAUCUUACCUGUUUCAAUACGCAGAGGCAAUUUCACUGAUCUUUUAAUACGCAGAAGCAAUUUCCCUGAUCUUACCUGUUUCAAUACGCAGUGGCAAUUUCCCUGAUCUUACCUGUUUCAAUACGCAGAGGCAAUUUCCCUGAUCUUUCAAUACGCAGAGGCAAUUUCCCUGAUCUUUCAAUACGCAGAGGCAAUUUCCCUGAUCUUUCAAUACGCAGAGGCAAUUUCCCUGUCCUUACCUGUUUCAAUACGCAGAGGCAAUUUCCCUGAUCUUUCAAUACGCAGAGGCAAUUUCCCUGAUCUUUCUUUUUUAUUUUUAUUUUUUUUAAUACAUUUUACCCCCUUUUGUCCCCAAUUUUCGUGGUAUCCAAUCGCUAGUAAUUACUAUCUUGUCUCAUCGCUACAACUCCCGUACGGGCUCGGGAGAGACGAAGGUCGAAAGCCAUGCGUCCUCCGAAGCACAACCCAACCAAGCCGCACUGCUUCUUAACACAGCGCGCCUCCAACCCGGAAGCCAGCCGCACCAAUGUGUCGGAGGAAACACCGUGUACCUGGCCCCCUUGGCUAGCGCGCACUGCGCCCGGCCCGCCACAGGAGUCGCUGGAGCGCGAUGAGACAAGGAUAUCCCUACCGGUCAAACCCUCCCUAACCCGGACGACGCUAAGCCAAUUGUGCAUCGCCCCACGGACCUCCCGGUCGCGGCCGGCUGCGACAGAGCCUGGGCACGACCCCAGAGACUCUGGUGGCGCAGCUAGCACUGCGAUGCAGUGCCCUAGACCACUGCGCCACCCGGGAGGCCUUUUCCCUGAUCUUUCAAUACGCAGAGGCAAUUUCCCUGAUCUUUCAAUACGCAGAGGCAAUUUCCCUGAUCUUUCAAUACGCAGAGGCAAUUUCCCUGAUCUUUCAAUACGCAGAGGCAAUUUCCCUGAUUUUUCAAUACACAGAGGCAAUUUCCCUGAUCUUUCAAUACGCAGAGGCAAUUUCCCUGAUCUUUCAAUACGCAGAGGCAAUUUCCCUGAUCUUACCUGUUUCAAUACGCAGAGGCAAUUUCACUGAUCUUUUAAUACGCAGAAGCAAUUUCCCUGAUCUUACCUGUUUCAAUACGCAGAGGCAAUUUCCCUGAUCUUUCAAUACGCAGAGGCAAUAUCCCUGAUCUUACCUUUUUCAAUACGCAGAGGCAAUAUCCCUGAUCUUACAUGUGCACAUAGCGAUCACCUGCUUUUAUGUGUGUGAGAUAUAUAUUAUAUACAACCUACAAAGUCAGCCUUAAUCAAACAAAAGGUUCUUAAUUUGGGUUUAUGAUUAAUCUCCACCCAUUUGUUUUAAUAUUGCAUUGUCAGUUUUUGAAUAGCGUCUAUGUCUCUUUUUAAUUUGGUUUUCGUUUAAAUGUUCACAGACAGGACACAAUGGUGUCAAGUUACUAAUCGUUUUUCCACCAUUCAUUUUCCCCAUAGUGGAUUUGAGAAACACUUAAAAUAAGAGCUGUUUCAUGUAGGCUUACCCUGGCAUGACAUUUUGAUAACCAUGUAAAUCUCCAGGACAAGGUUACUUUUAUCAAUAUAUUAUCCUGUAUUCACCCCCCCCCCAAAAGUGAAAUGCUAAUUAGCUGCUAAUGUGGCUAUCAUAAAAAAAAACUAGAAAUGCCAUGAUGAUCUGGACAAGCCUGCCGAAUUGAGGCAAAGGUAACAAUCUCUAGAUUAACUAUCUAAUGUUAGCUACAUUUUGUAAUUAAUAAAUUGUCUCAAUUUCUGUAAAUUGGCAAGUCUGUGAACUGUCUUGUGCAAGUUUUAAAUUGACGCAUUACCUGUUAGCGAAGGUGUCAGCUCGAGUUGACUUGCAGGAGCUUGCUGGGAUUUGUAAUUUUGCAUGACGCCUACUGAGAGUAAAUGGAGGCAAAUAUAUUGAUAAAAGUCACAUUGUCCUAGAGAGAUUUACAUGGUUAUCAAAACAUUACGCCAGGGUAAGCCUACAUGAAACACAGCCCUUAUUUUAUGUGUUUCUAAAAUCCCCCAUGGGAAAAAUGAAUGGUGGAAAAACGAUUGGAACCAUUUUCCUGUUUGAUAUAUCUGGGCUUUUGGAUUGACAAAAAUGUUAUGUUUAAACAUAUGGAUGAGCUAGUUAAGAAGCUGAUAUUUAAUGUAGGCUUCUGUUAUAGAAAAAGAUAAUGCCUUACCCUGAACAGCAGGAAGCAGGUUGUACAGGCAACCUUCCUGCCAGUUCUUGAUUAUGGUGACACCAUUUAUCAGAAGGCAGCAGCCGCUACUCUAAAACCCUUUUUUUGCAGUGUACCAUAGCCCGCUUCGCUUUAUCACAGGUGACAGGUUUAAUACUCAUCACUGCAUGCUUUAUCCGAAGGUCGGCUGGACCUCUCUAAUUUUCCGUAGAUCACUUAAUUUCUCCAUUUUUGAUUACAAAGCUCUACUGCACAAACUUCCAACAUAUCUCACUUCUCUGUUUUGUAUUUUUUAUUUAACUAGGCAAGUCGGAUAAGAACACAUUCUUAUUUACAAUGACGGCCUACACCGGCCAGACCCUAACCAGGACGACACUGUGCUCCGCCCUAUGUUAAAGUAGAAAAACAUGAGGCACCAAAACUGCUCACAGGGUUGGUUAACUCUUGAGGUCCCUUGUGUCUCUACCAACCUAGGAAAAUUAGCCCUUCGUUUUUGGAAUUAUUUACAAUCCUCAUUACAUCUUGAAUCCCUGGUGCCAGCGGGGCAGUUUAGAGCGCUGAUGUGGAAUACAUUCUCUGAGGUUUGCGAGUGUUUUAGUUGAUUGUAAUGAUUUAUUUGUGUUGUUGAAAUGUAUCUGUUGUGUCUUGUAUUUUCAUUUGUUGCUGUUUUAUUGAAUUAUGUUGAUUUGUGAGUUGUUUGUUUUCAGGGCACUAUUGUAAAUGAGACCCUGGCCUCAAUUGGGAUCCCUUGAAUAAGUAAAAGUGAAAUAAAAAAUAAAUAAAUACAUAUUGCCUUUACUGUAGCAGUGCAGAAUAUCAAAACUGAAAAGGGAUUUAAAAAAAUGAUUACAUUUAGUUUAUUCCAGAUAUUUUAUUCAAUACUUUUUUUUUCAAUACUUUUUGUCAUUUUUAACUUGGCAGAUGACUUGCCCACAUCCAAAAUGUGCCAUCCACAUGAUAAUGCUGCUGAUAUAUUACAGUGCUUGCAGGUUUACAGGGACAAAGUCCUAACCAUUGGAUUGUGGCAAGCCUGGGUUCAAAUGCAUGCUUAAUUAAGUAUUUAUAUUUUAAAUACUUAUUUUCUGUGUAUUUGAGUAUUUUCAAAUAAUGUGACCGAAUCAACUACUUAUAUUUGAAGUAGUAGAAAAUACUUGUAUUUCCAAAGAAAAAAUAUCAAAAUACUUACUUUGAAAGUAAUGUGAAAGUAAUGGAAAUACCUUAAUUAGUAUUUGAGCCCAGGCCUAGGGUGUGGCUGUUCAUUCCAAACUCGAUGUACUUGCUUGAUAUAUUUCUAUAUUAUAUACAUUUUUUUAGGUCAAUCCAUUCAAUGAUUUUAAAAAGCAUGUGUAUAUAGGGAUGCCAUCAGGCUUUGUCAGGUGUGUGGUCUUAUUAUGCCUGUGUCGCUUUUCAGGGACAUGACAAUAUACAAUAGUCUAUCAUGUAACUUUUUAUUGUAAAAGUGUCAUUUUUCUGUAUUAACAAUUUUGAAAUUACAGGUGCUUUGACAAAAUCCCUGAAUUGUCUUAAAAUGUAAUGUUACCAUGGUGAAUGUACUUGCGUGUACUUUCUAAAUUAUUGUUGUAAAUUUGAAACUGAGUAUGUGAUUUUGACUCAAAAUAUCUAAGAUGUACAGUAUAUCAAAUUACUCAUAUUUUCAUGCCAAAUGUGCAUGUUAAUGAGCAAAUGUUUUUUCUAAAUAUACUUAAAUUCUGAAUUUUGACAUAUCAUGAAUGUUUUUAAUAAGCACUCGAAUAAACCAUUAUCUGUCAAAAUCUGUCAAAA